AUGGCCAAGAUAAACUCCUUUUAUGCCCUCAUGGUAGUGGUCUCAUUGCUCACGUCGCGGACGUUGGCUAAAUGUCCCGUGGCCAGUGUUUGCGCCAUUGCCCACGCGGGACCAUCAAUCGGCAGGGAGGUUGUGUACGAGAACACCAACUUUCACACCCACGCAGUGACACUUUACGUUACAGGGAAGCAUUCAAACAUAGCCGUGCUGUACUUGACAGAUGCCACCGGCAUUGUGCAACCGGAGAACAAGCUGCUGGCAGAUAGCUUCGGCCGUGCAGGAUACCUCACCGUCGCCCCUGAUCUGUUUAAUGGCACUCCAGCACCCGCGGGGAGAGAUCCGUACAACCCAAACUACAAUCAAACCGAAUUUCUAGCCCGUCACAACCCAAAAGUUAUCGACCCAAUGAUCGAUGCCACAAUCCGUUACAUUCGCAACGUGCUGGGCAUCAAUCGCAUCGUAGCGUCUGGGUACUGCUUUGGCGGGCGCCAUGCCUUCCGCGUCCUGGCUGAGGGCCGAGGCGUCAGUGCAAGCUUUGCCGCCCACCCGGCCCUGCUCCAGGACGACGAGAUUUUGGGAAUCACCGGGCCCGUAACUAUUGCAGCCGCGGAGAACGAUUUCGCCAUGUCAACUGACCAACGCCGCCAUAUCGAAGAUCGGCUUUUGAACACGACGCAGCCAUAUUCACUCUCUUUGUACAGUGGGACGGAACAUGGAUUCGGUGUUCGAGGCAACGUGUCGAUUCCUCAGAUCAAGUUUGCCAAGGAAGAGGCGUAUUUCCAAGCAGUGCGAUGGUUUGACUCGUGGGGAAAGGCAGCAAGGAAUCAAUAUCAUAUUACUGUCUCCACCAGGAAAACCACGAGCAUGUCUGACACGCCCAUCAUCAAAGGUCCCGGCUAUAACUUCACCGCCGACCCUACGACCUCCACCUUCACAGUUUCUCCAAAGUCGUAUCUGGCGGCCAAUCAAAAUGAGAAUUACAACGUGCUAGCGACUGGUUCUCUAGUGUUCGACCUCUCCACUCAGCCUGAACCUCGGAUCUUACUUCUCCAGCGAUCCCCUGGCGACAGCAUGCCCAACAGAUGGGAGACCCCCGGAGGCGGCUGCGAUGACGAGGACGAGAGCAUUUUGCACUCUGCCGCGCGAGAACUGUGGGAAGAGGCCGGCCUGCGGGCAACGCACAUCAGCGGCCCAGUUGGAGAACCUCACUUGUUCCGUAGCAGAUCCGGGAAGAAAAUCUGCAAAUUCAAUUUUCUCGUCCAGGCGGAGGUGAAUUCCAAGGGCCAUCUGGAGGUUAAACUCGAUCCAAACGAACACCAAAAAUUCGUUUGGGCCACCCUGAAAGAGGUCCAAGAAAAGAAGGUCAAUGACAUCGAGCUGGCUUUUACAACGGCGGAUACAGAGAACGUGAUACUAGAGGCAUUCGCCUCAAUCAACAAAGACCACUAA